AUGAGGCCAGUCGGCGGCGCGUACGAGCGCGACGCGGAUGGGCCGCGGCCGAUCUAUGCCAAAGAGGACGAGUUUGACGACGAUAUGGAGCCUUCGUCCGAGAUUCCGCCCGCGAAUGACUACGAUUUGGUUGAACAACACGAAGAGGACGAGCACUAUGAGUACGACGAGCACGACGGUGAGCUCCCGGACGAUGCCAUGUACGAUGAGGAGGAGGAGGAGGAGUACGACGACGACUUUAAUGACGAGGAGCUCUCCUCCAGCCCGUCCAUCCCCGACGAAAACAUCAACUUUGACCUGGUGUAUGCGCUGCACACGUUUGUCGCAACGGUCGACGGACAGGCGACAGUGCACAAGGGCGACAAUCUCGUGCUUUUGGACGACAGCAACAGCUACUGGUGGCUCGUCCGCGUAAUGGCCUCGCAGGAGGUCGGCUACAUUCCGGCGGAAAACAUCGAGACGCCGUAUGAGCGCCUGGCGCGACUCAACAAGCACCGCAACGUGGAAAUCACCACCGCCACCGAAGAUGACCACGACCAGGUGCCGAUGGACGUAUACAGUGGCCACCUCGUCAAGGCACGCGCACGGGGGCAGAUCAACGUGCACUCAGGCAAGCCUUCGGCCCUUUCUCGCCGCGAGACGGACGGAUCGGCGCCGCGCCGGCCCCAGGAAAAGAAGCGCGCAGUGCUUUUUGGACAGCCGGAAUACCUGGAGCACUCGGGCAACGAGGCGUCGGACGAGGAGUACGAGGGCGAAUACGAGGGCGAAUACGAAGGCGAGUACGAGGGCGAGUACGAAGACGAGUACGACCAGGAGCCCGAGUACGCGGACGAGGAGCCCGAGUAUGUCGACGACGAGCACGACGACGACGAGCUCGAGCAUGCACAGGAGCACGACGAGGCACAGCUGGCCGAUGACGCCGAGCACCAGCAAAAGACGCCCCUCGCCUCCGCCGCCGAAAAGGUGAGCGCAGUGACAUUGGGUCUCGGCGCGACGGCUGCUGCGACGGCUGCUGCAGCUGCCCAUGGCGUCGGCCGCAUCACCUCGGGCCAGCGCAACGCCGAGGCGGACGCGGACAAGAGCCACACUUCGCCUGCGCUGGGCGACUCGAGCGCCAAGCUUACGCCACGGCCCGACGAGCGCCCGUCCUCGAGCCCGUCAUUGCGUGCGUCGCCGGGCGACAAGUCGCCGCUUGUCGGCCUCUUCCCCAGCGGCGCGAUCGGCGACGAGGCGAUGCCGCAGUCGUCCAAGAGCAACGACGAGCGCCGCGCGCGCCCUGGCUCGCUGAUCGGCAUGCCCGGCUCUGUGCCGACGUUCAAUGUCGUGCGUGUGUUUGCCGGCGAGAACGUCGAGUGCGACGCGACGUUCAAGACAGUGCUGCUGAACAAGUCCACCACGUCCACCGACCUCGUCCGCCAGGCGAUGCAGCGCUUCAGCGUGCAGGACGAGCCGACGGACUAUGUCAUUGUCCUGCGUCGCCUCGACGGCGAGGAGCACACCCUCUGGCCCCACGAAAGCCCGCUGCAGAUCCUCGAGGCCCUCUCCGAGCUCCAAGAGGAGGACCGUGGGCCGGGUGGCACGCCAGGCCAGUCGCGCGACUCGGUGGGCUCGCUCACCUCGCUGCUGCAGGACGCAAACGCAAGCCGUGUCACAUACGACUACAGCGACGACCGCUACGGCAAGUUUUACCUCGUACGCAAGAGUCCCUUUGAGAACAAUUUGGCGCAGGACACCUCGGCGCAGCUCGGACCGCCCGACGUGGCCGUGGGCGACGUGUCGACGCGCAGCGCCGCGUCGGCCACGUCGCAGGACACGGUGCUGGGCGCAAGCAGCUCGCUCAGAUUUACCGUGCAGCUCGCGCUCUUCCCCGCGGACCUGCCCGACGGCGUCGUGUUCCAUCCCCAGACCGGCCUCGCGACGCCGAACGAUCCCGCACACACCCUGCCCGCCUCGGCCAAGCCCCAGAUCCGUCUGCUGCGCUUUGCGCGCAACGCGAUGGUCGCCGAGGUGAUCGAGGCUGGCCUCGCCUCCUUCCAGGUCGUCGAGGGUGUGGUCGAUGGCGGCGACGAUGUCGAGGCACGCAGCGGCCGCGGCCGCGUCAAAUACGGCCUUGCGUCAGUGUCGGAUGCCGGUGAGCAGCUGCUCUCGCCCACGACCAAGGUGCUUGCCGCCUACGACACGCUGCCGAUCUUUAAGCAGGUCGACGUGAAUGAGCCCAAGCGCCGCAGCCUCGACACUGCGCUCAGCCACGGCGCGCAGGAAGACUUGAGCGAGGGCGACCCCCUCUUUGUACUGCGCCAGGCGCGGCCUGCGCUGCGCGCGAGCGUCAUUAGCCCCCGCCUCGAUACGCCGCGCCUGCAAGGGUUCCCCGACGGCGUGUCGAGCAUCCAGCCGAGCCCCCGCCUCGGCGAAGGCGUGCGCAUGCCGUCUGACGCUGCUCCCCCCACGACGAGCCGCUCCGCGUCGAUGCGUUCGCUGGACAAGGCGCCGAACACGCCUGUACCGACCGUGCAGCUGAACGAUGCGCAAGGUGUCGACCUGAUCAUGCAGGACGGCGUGCGUCUGCGCAGCUCGCGCGAACAAGGCUCGCCGCGUGUGCGCUACUCGCUCCUCUCCCAAGGCAGCGAGCAGGACGUGAGCAGUGCGCUGCGCAGUGUGCUGCAAGACAUUACUGCCCGCCCCGACCCUGCGACGGAGCCUGCAGCUCGCGGCAUGCGCGCCGGCUCUGCGCAGUCGCAAGGCGACCUGCUCGAGCGCUUUGCCGAGCAGAUGCCGACGAUGCCCGACUCGAACCUUGCCGAAAACAUUGAUCUGAUGCUGAACCGCAUCAUGGACGGCUCUGGCGCGGCCCCCACGUCGCCCGGCCUCUUGCACAGCGAUGCGAUCGCACCUCCCCAAGCUAUUCCCCCCACGGCGUUUGAACAGACGCGCGGCCUCAACAUCCCCAACAAGAUGCAGCCGAUCCAGCGCACCGGUUCGCUGCGCAGUGUGUCGGCGAGUGAUGCGGCGCUGCCCACCCGCAAUGCAGCGGUCCGCAGUGCGCUUGCCAAGGGCUGGACCGGCGAUCGUGUGCUCUCUGAUUCGACUGCCACGACCGGUACCGGGCGCAUGCGCGAGACCUACAACAUUCAUGCUCUCUAUGGAAUUGUCGACGCGCUGGUGAUUGAGGCGCAGGCUGGCGAGUCUGCCGAGUCCACGCCCGCCCCCUCACAGCCCGUGCGCGAGCACCGGCGGCACGCGUCCACCUCGUCGAACGCGUCCGCGUCGCAGCUGCAGCAGCGUUCGUCGGACCUCGUCGCGAAGCUGCUCGAGCCGACGCCUGCGGAAAAGAUCGCAACGGCGAGCAACGGGCUUCUCGCACUUCCUUUCCCCACAUCGCAGUACGGCCCCUCGACGCCGAUGGCUGCCGUCGGCCGCCACUACACGCCGUUCCUCACCCAGGUCUCUUCUCUGGAGGCGGCGCUCGACGAGUUGCUCCACACGGCGCUCGCGCGGCCGAAUUAG